GCAUGAACAUCAAUUAGCGGUCAAGAGCCAUGACAUAUCCUCAAGUAUAUCAAUGCAUGUGGGCAACUGUGGACACAUUCGGUUGGAAAAACGUUGAGGUCUUCGAUAGAGGCAAUUCCAAAAUUAUCAGAGAAUUUUUAGAAGCUUGGUCAAUCAACAAACACAUUAAAAUCCAUCCAAUUUAUCAACCAAUCAGAAAGUUUAUGGACAAAUAUAGGACCAAAAAUCAAAUCAAUGAGACAUAUAAUCAAAAUAAAGAAAACAAUAACAGGUUAAAGGCCAACAAUAACCAACCAAUACCGAAGUCUGCAAGACAAGCCGUGAGUCGCAUGUGGAGAAAUUCGAACACUUCACUUCUAGCUGAAGUUUGUUCUGAUGAUGACCAGAAUAACGAUGGAAGCUCCACAACCAAACCAUCCAACUCGGAGAACAAAAUCAUCCACUUUGAUAACAAAUCUCUACCAUCUCAAUAUCAUAUUGUGGUGUGGGCUACUUAUAUCGACAUAAGUAGUAUAUAUCGUGAAUGAGGAACAGAAUAUCUAGCAGCAGAAGAUUGAGAAGAGAAGAACAGAAAUAGAGAGCGAUUGGUGUGUAAAUCCAGGAACAAUAAAGCCUGAGAGAAUUAAUGAACAUUUUGCAAACAGAGUAUGGUUUUUGUGUUUUAUCAAGCAACUUUGUCAUUUGUGCUAAACAUAUAACUGGUUGUCCUCAUCUGUGUUCUUAUUCACCACCAUAUGAGCGUAAUACUUUCGUUUUGGCUACUAAAUAGCAUCAUUAACCCAUACAUUUAGAACAUGGCUUGUACCCAAGAACCUGGUGAAUACGUUAUUUUUAAUUUAACUAAAAUAAGAACAAUGUUUUAGGGUAGGAAAUGAUUCCUAGAGUCAGAAUAUCAGACCACAGAGAAUUCAGAAACCAAAAUAACCGACAACUAGAAUAAGAAAAACAGAACGUGAACCACCAAUCUUGUGGUUAUUAGUAAAAUGAAGACCCCAGAUUAAACGACUGGUACGGCCGAGAGUGGGGAG